AUGUGUAGCUCCGACAUUUUCCUAGCGGUCCUCGCCGUCUUCUUCCCACCUAUCGCAGUCUGGGUCAAGGCCGGAUUCUGCACUGCAGACUCGAUCAUCAACAUUACUCUUACUCUACUUUGCUUUUUCCCAGGCCUGAUUCAUGCAUGGUACAUCAUCCUCAAGUAUCCGGAACAAAACGAUGACGAUGUAGCCUACGAGCCCAUUCCCGGUGGCGGGAGUCGGCGUCGUGAUCUGGAGAACGGAAAUGUUACCUACUACUACGUAUCGCACCAACAGCAACAUCCCCCCCAGCGCGGAUAUGGCACAGUCAACACUCACGGCCAGCAGGCGCCGGGUCCGGCAAACAAACAACACAACCACACUGGAGAAGGUGGACAUGCUGGGAGUAGCAGCGCGCCCCUCCACCGACCUAUGCUGAGGCUGUGA